UAUGAAUAUCGACCCACUGUUGAGUAGGUGUCAACUGAGUGUCAAUUGAGAUGUCAAUCAAGUGUUGACUGAGUAUUGCUCGGGAUGUCAAUUGAAUGCCCAUCGAAAUGUCGAUCACAGGUCGAUUGAGGGUAUCAAUCGACACUCGACCGCAGAUGCCUUUAGUACACAUGAUUGAAAUCUCUCAGGAUUGUGGCGGGGUUGUCUGGGGGAGCAGCUGAUUGAUGCAUUAUAACUUAAAUUAGGUUUUUUUUCUCUGUAAACUAUUUAAGGUGCUAGAGGAUCCAAGAUCUAAAAGGAUUGAUCAGCUUGAAGUAGAGUCUGUUAGGAUGGGUAAGAAAACCACAAUGGAAGAGGAAAAGAAAAGUCAGGCAACCAUUACCCAGUCAAGCUUAUGGAAUAAACUCAUGAUGUUCAUGACAUCACCAGCUGAUCCAUCAAAUCUUGCUGCAUUGAGAAUUAUGUUUGGAUUACUCAUGAUGAUUGACAUUCCUCAAGAGCGCAGUAUGCUGUACAUUGAUAAACAUUUUGGCGAGGACAGUUGUCACUUUCCACUGUUUAACUUCAUUCAGCCUCUGUCGGUGGACUGGAUGCAUGUCCUCUACCUAGUAAUGUUUCUUGGAGCAUGUGGGAUUUUUCUUGGAUUUAUGUUUCGUUUAAGCUGUCUGUCAUUCAUGGUCACAUACUGGUACAUCUUUCUGUUGGAGAAGGCACGGUGGAACAACCAUUCAUACUUAUACGGACUGUUUUCAGUGAUGCUUCUUAUGAGUGAUGCCAAUCGCUACUGGUCGUUGGAUGGAGUUUUGAACCCUGAAAUAAAGAAUGCACAUGUACCGAAGUGGAACUAUGUUUUGUUACGUUUUCAGAUUUUUCUGGUGUAUUUCUAUGCCGGCAUAAAGAAGCUUGACAUGGAUUGGAUGACUGGAUACUCCAUGAGUGGCCUGUCUCGUCAGUGGGUCUUUGAUCCAUUCCGCCUUUUUCUAGAUGAUGAAAAAAUUGACCUCUUCCUUGUCCAUAUUGGGGGUUUAUGUUUUGACCUAGCAGAGGGUUUUCUUCUCAUCUUUGACAAGACACGCCCCAUUGGAAUUUUCUUUGGUGCCAUGUUCCAUGGCAUGAAUUCCCAAAUGUUUCACAUUGGAAUGUUCCCAUAUGCUAUGCUGGCCACGUUACCUCUGUUUUGUGCUUACAACUGGCCCAAGAAGUUAUUUGCAUGCAUGCCAAACUUCAUCAGUAAGAUGUUACCUUCGCAAGAGGAACCUCAAGUGAGCGUUCACUGUGUAUACCCAGAGUCUGUUAAUGAUCAGAAAAAGGAUCAAGACCACGGCAAAACAUCAAAAACCUCAAAGAAAUGCCAGACACCAACAGCUAGUCACAUGGCUUCUGUGUUCAUUGUUCUUGUUUACAUUGGGUGUCAGCUCUUCCUUCCAUACUCACACUUUAUCACUAAGGUACAGCAACUCAUUGUGUCCACACAUUUAGUGNAAUCAGAUUCGAGAAUUUUGAAUUAG